AUGAUCUUCGUUUUGUGCUUGGUGUCGCUUGUCGCUGCUGAUAACGGGCCUUCACAUAGGCCAAACUACAUGCGUCCUCACAACCAUAGAACUAUGGUCGUGGGCCCAAGUCUUUCGACCGGAUCUGACGGAAGCACUCACGCACAUCCUGGAUAUAUAUCCACCGAUCAAAAUACUCUUGUCAUCGGCUCAAGUCUUUCGACCGGAUCUGAUGGAGGCACCUACGCUCAUCCCGGAUCUAUAUCCACCAAUCGUCAAAGUUAUAACAAUUAG